UUUUGAAGUUUUGGCUCUUCUGGUUUAUAAUUCUACCAACAACAUCAAUUUAGAAGAGGAAGAGAUCCGACAGAAGCUCAUAAAUAAUAAUGGGACCAUGGAAGGAGGUUAUAAGCUUCAUACUGUGGAUGUUGAUCCAGUGGAAAAAUGUUUAGCUGAAGAAAACCCUCCAAACUAUUUUUGGCCAGAUACCAGACCAACUGUGACCAACUUCACAUUUUGCCACGGGAGCUCAGUUCAGACUGCAUCAAGAACCUGCUAUUUGGGUCUGCAGAAUUAUACAUCAUACUGGGGCCAGCCUGAUCUUAGAAAUUGCACAGAAAAUGCAGCUGAUAUAGCUAAUCAGCUUCUGAAUCUCACUGGUGAAGGGCAGCAGCUAACCUCAGACAAAGUAAAUGAUGUUGUGCAAAAGCUCAAAAAAAUUGUGAAUGAUGAAGAAAUUGAUGAAUCUCUGGGUUCUACUGUGGUGACAAUUUUUUCCAAUAUUCUAACCAGUUCAGACAGUGUACUGGCAGCAUCAUCUUCAGAAGCUCUAAAAACUAUUGAUGCCUUGGCUUUAAAGAUCCAGUUCACUGGACCAUCCAUGAGUAUCUCAACACGAAACCUUGCACUUGGAGUGUCUUCUAUAAACUCAACUUCAUUCAGAGGUGGUUCUUUCAGUGUCAGUCCACAGAAUAAUGCAUCUGAUUUCCAGAUAGAUUUUGACAAGGAUCAGACAAAUGGCUUCGCUUCUGUUGUUCUGCCACCAAGUUUACUGAAGAAUUUAAGUCAAGAUGAGUUUGAAGUUAUAUCCAGGGCUCAGUUUACUUUCUUCAAUAAAAAUGGUCUUUUUCAGGAUGCAGAAAAUCCUGCCAAUUUGACCAGUUUUGUGGUGGCAUGCAGUAUUGGAAACAUAACCAUUCAGGAUCUCCAGGAUUAUGUGAAGAUUACAAUUAAGCAUACCAAAAUUCAGGAAGAUCCUAAGCCUACCUGUGUCUUUUGGGAUAUGCACAAAAAUGGUGGCAAUGGUGGCUGGAACCCUGUGGGCUGCCAAGUGGAUGCAGAGUCCAAUGAAAAUGAGACAAUUUGCUUAUGCAACCACCUCACACACUUUGGGGUUCUAAUGGACCUUCAGAGAACCGUUACACAAAUAGACCCACAGAAUACCAAGGUCCUCACCUUUAUCACUUACAUAGGCUGUGGGAUAUCUGCUAUAUUUUCAGCUGCAACUCUUCUGACAUAUAUUGCAUUUGAGAAGUUGCGAAGAGAUUAUCCAUCCAAAAUCCUGAUGAAUUUGAGCACAGCCCUGCUCUUUCUUAACCUGAUCUUCUUGCUUGAUGGUUGGAUUGCAUCAUUUGACAUAGAUGGCCUCUGCAUAGCUGUAGCUGCAAUUCUGCAUUUUUUUCUUCUGGCCACCUUUACGUGGAUGGGACUAGAAGCUGUUCAUAUGUACAUUGCUCUAGUGAAAGUGUUCAACACAUAUAUACGACGAUACAUACUGAAGUUUUGCAUCAUUGGCUGGGGUUUGCCAGCUUUGGUGAUAGCAAUUGUUUUUGCAAGUGCUAAUACAAAUGCAAGUCAUAUUUAUGGCAAAGAGUUAUACGGCAAAUAUGCUAAUGGACAAGGAGGAGACGACUUCUGCUGGAUCAAGAAUGAAGUUGUCUUUUAUGUGACUUGUGCCGGCUACUUUGGAAUCAUGUUUCUGAUGAAUGUUGCCAUGUUUAUUGUGGUGAUGGUGCAAAUUUGUGGAAGGAAUGGAAAAAGAACUAAUAGGAGCCUAAAGGAAGAGAUCCUGAGGAACCUCCGUAGCGUGGUCAGCCUGACCUUCCUCUUGGGCAUGACGUGGGGCUUUGCCUUUUUUGCCUGGGGUCCCUUAACUCUUCCCUUUCUGUAUCUCUUCUCAAUUUUCAAUUCAUUGCAAGGUUUGUUUAUAUUUGUAUUUCAUUGUGCUAUGAAAGAAAAUGUGCAAAAGCAAUGGAGGAGACAUCUCUGUUGUGGUAGAUUCCGACUGGCAGACAAUUCAGAUUGGAGCAAAACAGCAACCAAUAUUAUAAAGAAGAGUUCUGAUAAUCUUGGGAAAUCCCUAUCCUCUAGUUCCAUUGGCUCCAAUUCAACCUACUUAACAUCCAAAUCAAAAUCUACAACAAAUACAUAUUGCAAACGAAACAGCCAUACAGAUAAUGUUUUUCUUGACAAGCCCUCUUCGAAAUUUGCUCAAGAGGAUGGAGAACAGACAUCAAUCAUUCCUGUCCACCAAGUUAUUGACAAAGUCAAGGGAUACUGCAAUCCUCACUCCGACAACUUCUAUAAAAAUAUCAUUAUGUCUGACACAUUUAGUCACAGCACAAAGUUCUAACUGGACUUCUGAAUUUUUUAAACCAAAUGAAG